UUUGUUGGACCCGGACCUUUUGCUCCGGGCGCUGUGUAGCUCGGGGGAAGGUACACGCGGUGGGGACCGGGGCUCAGAACCCGCGGCGGUUGGUGAGGGCGCGCUCGCGGCCGGUAACCAGGAGCAACCGGCGCCGGGAAGAGGAGAGGAGAGUCGUCGCCGCCGCCGCCGCUGCCGCCGCCGCCAUCAUGGCGAUGGCGAGAGCCGUCGCCGCCGCCGCCUGUCUGCUGCCGCUCUGCUACUUCUUACUGGCGGAGAGUAAGAGUUUUGAAGAUAUUAGGUGUAAGUGUAUUUGCCCACCUUACAAAGACAACGCAGGACAAAUUUAUAACAAAAAUGUAUCGCAGAAGGAUUGUGAUUGCCUACAUGUUGUUGAUCCCAUGCCAGUUGCUGGGCAAGAUGUUGAGGCCUACUGCUUGAGAUGUGAGUGCAAGUAUGAAGAAAGAAGUUCAGUUACGAUCCAGGUGACGAUCAUCAUCUAUUUGUCUAUCCUGGGCUUGCUGCUACUUUAUAUGGUUUACUUAACAUUACUUGAACCCUUGCUGAAGCGACGCUUGUUCCGUUCACAACUAAUGCAGAACGAGGAUGAAUUUGCGGACACGCAGCCUUUCGCGAAUGCCCAUGAAGUGCUUUCUCGCACUCGGUCCCGGUCCAAUGUGCUGAAUAAAGUUGAACAUGCACAGCAGCGUUGGAAGAAACAGGUUCAAGAACAGCGGAAAUCGGUCUUCGAUCGUCAUGUUGUCCUCAGCUAAAAUUGAACUAGAAGAAAAACCGGAAGAUAAGAAGCCAGUGGAGUUCCCAAAGUACUCUGCUAGUCUUCCCCUUGGUCCUAUCUACUUGCGGAAUUCUUUACUUAUCAUUGGCACUCCACUGCCAGUUCCCUGAGAAAAUACAGUAAUAAUGCCAUAGGUUGAAUUUCUAUUGCUAUCAUGAUUUCAGUUAUUUGCUUUAAUGUCAGUUUCUUACAAAUCAUGGUAUAGUUAUGGGAUAAACAGCACAAAAUAACAGUAGGCAUAAUCUAAUUGUAAAACAUACCUAAAAGGUUUAAUCUAUAUUAUGAUUUCUGUGUUACUUUAAAUAUUGUGAAGGCUCAAAAAGUAAUUAACUUUUCAUAUAUUUAGUAAUAAUACAGGAGAGUGACAGGAGUCUUAAGACUUUAACGUCUGAUAUAAUCGCAGAAUGACUGUUAACAAAACAAAUACUUUAUAGAAUCCCCUAGGAUUCAGUGUUGGAGAAAAAAUUUCUAUGGUAGUGUGUUUCUUGCUGCAGAAUGAAUCAGUGUGGAAAUAACCCUGAGAAACCUAUUUGAGAAAUGGUGCUAGCGCGAUAUAAUCUUCACAGCUACCUUUACACUAAUGUUGAUUCAAAGUGCCUGUAUUUUUAGUUGAUGGAUUUUGCAAGCUGUCCACAGCCGUAGAACGUUAUCUCCCCUCCUGAAGGCAGUGAAUCUGAGGGAAUGUUUCUACAGGCACUGGCAGCUCUAAUGUACCUUGCCCAAGUGCCAUUCUUCCAAGAGUGAGCAUAGCCAUGGAGUGCUUUUAGAUUACUGAGCUGUGAGAGAUAGUUGAGUCUGGCAAUUUCCUUGCCCAACAUCCUCACAUGUACAUUCCAGCAGGGUUCAUUGCAAAGGCACAGUUACCCUGUUUGAUUUCCCUCCUCUCCCUCACCCAGUUCCAUGUAUAUGAACUUCAAAUGCCAUUGUAUUGUAUAAAAAGUGCAGGACUCCCCCCUCAAAGUUAGUUUGAAAUCUAUUCAUGGAGAGCUAUGCAAGAAUGGUCUAUGGUGACUCCCUUAUUUUUUCUUUAUUGUAGGAGACCAUUUCCAUCUAUGAGGUUCUAUGUAGGAAACCAUAAGCACAAACCCACACCAUGUGCAACAAAGUAGAACUUCAGUUAGGUCAUGAUUACUGUUGAUUAAUCAGUGUUUGCUGCACAAAAUUAAUAAACUGUUUACAGUACUUAUAAUCAACUUAUUCUACUGUAAUAAAAUACUGACUACCUCUGUGGUAUGUUGCAGUGACAUUUGAGUAAUGUGUAAUGUUAAACUUUGAAUCAAAAUGGACCAAGUUAAAUCGAGGUAUAUUAGGAACAAAAACUGUUGACAUUCACUGAAUUGUGACAAAUUAUGAAAGUGUUUCUUCAAAAUAUCUGUGAAUACCUAUUUACUUAUACAGAAUGACAUGAAUGAGGUUGAUUUUAUAGCACGCAAAUAUAGAAUGUGAGUGAAAUACAUUGAAGUGCAGAAGUGCGAGAUUUUCUGAUACUUAUUCAUGCUGUCAUUUUUCUUAUUCGUCCUGCUUAAAAUUAACUUGGAAUUAACUAUGACGUCUUAACUUUGUUUUUAUGAACUGAUUAAUAAACAAAACUUUACUAAA